GGUGGUGAGGGGCGAGGGGUGGUGGCCUCUCUGCUUUCUUUUGACGCGGGUAGCGGGCGGCCGUCCUGAGGAGAAGUCUGCGGUGUUCCGCUCUCGCCGUGCCCGGGAGCGGCUGGAAGGAAGGAAAGACAGCAGGGAUUCCAUACGUGGCAAGGAGUCUGCUGUCAGAGCCGGGCAAAAUGGCGAGCCUUCUGCGUGUUGCUGUUAGUGGGUGCUCAGCUCCAGUUUUUGGCAGUGUGUUACAACCAAAAGUGCAUUCUGCAAAGAUGCUGUGUUUACGAAUGUUUAGAACCCACCAGAUGCUCAUUUCCCAGGCAGCUCCAAAGCCAGGAAUUCCUUAUAAACAGCUUACUGUAGGUGUCCCGAAGGAGAUAUUUGAGAAUGAAAAAAGAGUGGCUCUAUCACCUGCUGGGGUUCAAGCCUUGGUUAAACAAGGUUUCAACGUUGUGGUGGAAUCUGGUGCUGGUGAAGCUUCUAAAUUUUCUGAUGACCAUUACAGAGAAGUUGGAGCAAAGAUCCAGGGGACCAAGGAAGUUCUGGCUUCUGAUUUGGUUGUCAAAGUGAGGGCUCCUAUGUAUAACUCAGCUUUAGGUGUGCAUGAAGCAGAUCUUUUCAAGAUGGCGACUACUCUGAUUAGUUUUAUUUACCCAGCACAAAAUCCAGAACUCCUGAAAAAACUUGCAGAAAAAAACACUACUGUCUUGGCUAUGGAUCAGGUUCCACGGGUCACCAUUGCUCAGGGAUAUGAUGCACUUAGCUCCAUGGCCAACAUUGCUGGUUACAAGGCUGUGGUACUGGCAGCAAAUCACUUUGGUCGAUUUUUCACGGGUCAGAUCACAGCUGCUGGUAAAGUUCCUCCAGCAAAGGUCUUGAUCAUUGGAGGAGGUGUGGCUGGCCUGGCUUCUGCAGGAGCAGCGAAAUCCAUGGGUGCAGUAGUUCGUGGAUUUGAUACUAGGGCUGCAGCUCUGGAACAGUUCAAGUCUCUUGGUGCUGAGCCUUUGGAAGUAGACAUAAAGGAAUCUGGAGAGGGACAAGGUGGUUAUGCUAAAGAAAUGUCCAAAGAAUUUAUUGAAGCUGAAAUGAAACUCUUUGCUAAACAGUGCCAAGAUGUUGAUAUUAUCAUCACUACAGCACUUAUUCCAGGCAAAAAAGCUCCUGUCUUGUUUAAGAAAGAUAUGAUUGAAUCAAUGAAAGAGGGUUCAGUUGUUGUGGAUUUAGCUGCAGAAGCAGGGGGAAACAUUGAAACUACAAAGCCUGGGGAACUGUAUGUUCAUAAGGGCGUGACACACAUUGGCUACACAGACUUGCCUAGCAGAAUGGCUACUCAGGCCAGUACUCUGUAUUCCAAUAAUAUUAUCAAACUCCUAAAGGCUAUUAGUCCUGACAAAGAGAAUUUCUUCUUCGAUCCAAAAGAUGAAUUUGAUUAUGGGACUCUAGAUCAUGUUAUCAGAGGAACUGUAGUAAUGAAAGAUGGCAAGGUGAUUUUCCCAGCACCUCCACCAAAUAAUGUUCCUCAAGGAGCGCCUGUGAAGCAGAAGACUGUAGCAGAGCUGGAAGCAGAAAAAGCAGCUACUGUCACACCUUUUGCUAGAACUAUGACUACUGCAUCCAUAUACACAGCAGGUUUAGCUGGCACGUUAGGACUGGGCAUCGUAGCUCCUAAUACUGCUUUCACGCAAAUGGUGACGACGUUUGGCCUAGCUGGAAUAGUGGGGUACCAUACAGUGUGGGGUGUGACUCCUGCUCUGCACUCUCCACUCAUGUCAGUGACUAAUGCUAUCUCAGGACUCACUGCAGUUGGUGGGCUAGUGUUGAUGGGAGGAAACUAUCUGCCUGAAAACACUCCUCAAAGCCUAGCAGUGCUUUCAGCCUUUAUCUCUUCAGUCAAUAUUGCAGGUGGGUUUCUAGUUACACAGAGAAUGCUGGAUAUGUUCAAACGCCCCACAGAUCCGCCAGAGUACAAUUACCUCUACCUGCUUCCUGGUGCUGUAUUUGUAGGAGGCUAUGCAGCUGCUCUCAGCAGUGGCUAUAAUAUUGAACAGGUGAUGUAUCUGGGCUCAGGCUUAUGCUGUGUUGGUGCCCUGGCUGGUCUGUCCACCCAAGGAACAGCUCGUCUUGGAAAUGCUUUGGGUAUGAUUGGUGUUGCAGGAGGUUUAGCAGCAACUCUUGGAGGCCUUAAGCCAUCACCUGAAUUGUUGGCACAGAUGUCAGGCGCAAUGGCACUUGGUGGCACCAUAGGUUUGACAAUUGCUAAACGCAUCCAGAUUACAGAUCUGCCUCAGCUAGUGGCUGCUUUCCAUAGUUUGGUCGGUUUGGCUGCUGUUCUCACCUGUGUGGCAGAAUACAUGAUUGAGUAUCCUCACUUUGCUACUGAUCCAGCUGCAAACCUCACCAAGAUUGUGGCAUACCUUGGCACGUACAUUGGUGGAGUGACUUUCAGCGGCUCUCUUGUUGCUUAUGGAAAACUGCAAGGUAUCCUCAAUUCUGCACCACUGCUCUUGCCUGGUCGACAUGCAUUGAAUGCAGGAUUACUGGCUGCUAGCAUUGGUGGAAUGGUUCCAUACAUGAUGGAUCCUAGUUACACAACAGGAAUUACUUGCUUAGGUUCUGUGUCAGCUCUCUCAGCCAUAAUGGGUGUCACUUUAACAGCAGCUAUUGGAGGUGCUGACAUGCCUGUAGUUAUUACUGUCCUGAACAGUUAUUCUGGAUGGGCUCUGUGUGCCGAGGGCUUCCUACUGAACAACAACUUGCUGACCAUUGUUGGUGCACUCAUUGGCUCCUCUGGAGCCAUCCUCUCUUACAUCAUGUGUGUGGCUAUGAACCGUUCCCUUGCAAAUGUGAUACUAGGGGGCUAUGGCACCACGUCUACAGCUGGUGGGAAGCCUAUGGAAAUCACUGGAACCCACACGGAAAUCAACGUGGACAAUGCAGUUGAAAUGAUAAAGGAAGCUAAUAAUAUUAUUAUUACUCCAGGUUAUGGUUUGUGUGCAGCAAAAGCUCAGUACCCCAUCGCUGAUCUGGUGAAGAUACUGAGAGAUCAAGGGAAGAAUGUCAGGUUUGGCAUUCACCCUGUGGCUGGCCGUAUGCCUGGUCAGCUGAAUGUACUCCUGGCAGAGGCUGGUGUUCCAUAUGAUAUUGUACUGGAAAUGGAUGAGAUCAAUGAAGACUUCCCAGAAACCGACUUGGUCCUUGUAAUUGGUGCAAACGAUACAGUUAAUUCAGCAGCUCAGGAAGAUCCGAACUCCAUCAUAGCUGGAAUGCCAGUUCUUGAGGUCUGGAAGUCCAAACAGGUCAUUGUCAUGAAGAGAUCUUUGGGAGUCGGUUAUGCAGCGGUGGACAAUCCAAUCUUCUACAAACCUAACACUGCCAUGCUGCUGGGAGAUGCGAAGAAGACUUGUGAUGCCCUCCAGGCCAAAGUUAGGGAGUCAUAUCAAAGCUAAAUAGUGAUUUAUAUUCCACUUAUGAUUAUGACUGCAGUUUUUUUGUCACAGAGGUCGCUCAUGGAGAGCAAGAGUUAGAACAAUCUGUUAAUGUCAUAAUGCAGCCUGCAUUUGGAGAAGACUGCAUUGACUCCUCGAAGAUGUAGUUCAGUCAGGGUUUUAGUGAAAGGCUGGGCACAUUAGCCCUUCCAGCUAAAUCUCCCAUGACUCAAUGCAUUAAAGAACUAAAACAUGCUUUUAGAGGUUAACAUUGAGCUGUUAGAGGCAGGAACUAAUAAAUGGUGUUCAUUGAAAAGUAGUUAUUUACCUUCUCCUCCUUAUUGUCUGUGCUGUCUUAGAAAUUUACUGAAAAAUGCUGUUCAAAAUUGUGUUCUGUCUUAUCCAGGCUGUUCUUUGGCUAGUAUGGGUAAACCAGCUCUUUAUUUCAUCAGCAUCUAAAGCAAAAUCAAACAGGCACCAGCAGAUUCUUUUAUGGUUUGAGACUCUGAACGUCAUCAUGUUCUAUUUCUGUUGUGGCCUGUAUGGAUGCUGUGAGUCAGUAACAUUUUGAGAAAGCUGUUUUUCUUUAAAAGACAGCUCCACUUCUUUGUAGUGCCCAUUUACAGUGCUUAAAACAAAAUGCAAAAUUUCAGUGACCUACAAAGUGAUCUUCAGGCCUGACAAGAAAAUGGGCAUUUACUUGGCACUGCAUAAUGGUUCUAAGCAGCUGCCAAAUUCUCUUGUCCUUUCCAGUUGCUACCUUUUUCAGUGUAUGUUUAUGGUCCAGUUCAGCACAGGCAGAACAUCCUUUCUACCUGAUAUGUUCACAGAAUUUGGACACAGUGUUUCAGUUUAUGUUAACUUAAACCUUUGACUGUAUUUACUACUUCAAAAUUUAGUGAUGCUUGCUUUCCUUGAGUUGCUGGAAUGGGCACUUUUGGACAUACUUAAAAUGCUGGAAUUGAUUAGACCUUUUCUGAAUGAAUAAGCUAUUAUUUGGACAGCACAGACUUAAAAUCCAGUGUGUUGAUUAUUUGACUUCUCACCAAUUUAAUAAAAUUUGCAUCACCAGGUCAUUCAAUAAUUAAGCUGUGACAUAGAUUGCUUUUCUGUUUUUUGUUCUGUUACUUGAGUGCAACUCAAAUAUUUGUCUACUAAAAUCGAAUUUAUCAGGUUUGUUUCUUUUCCCAUGCAGUUGCUCAUGGUGACAAAGGCAACACAUGAAUAGCUGUAGUUGUGUUUGAAAGCAUUCAUACAUUAUGGGGAUGGCAAAUGAUGAUGAAGCAAGUGCUGAAAUUUAUCCAUAUUGAUUGACAGAACAAUCACUUUUUUUAUUACAUCGCAUAUAGAGACCUCAUACAAAACAUAGUAUUCUUACUUAGCUACCUCUGUUUUUAUGUGAAGGUCACUUAAAACACAGACUUUGAACAGGUAAUGUGUUAAAGAAAGACAUGAAUGAAGCCAGCCUUUCUAGAAAUCUCUGUCAUUUGUAAUAAAAAUGAUCAUGUAGGCAUUGCUAUAUUGUACACUGCAGCAAAAGACUUGUAAUUAACUUUAAAGCUUUGAAGCAGCUGUACUUGAAUGUAGCAUACACGGCCUCUUCAUUUCAUUGUAUUUUACUUUUCUACUAGAUUUCCAAAAAUGAGAAAUGGGAGAAGGGGAAAGACAAGAAGAUAAUUCUUUCUCUCUCUCUCUCUCUCUCUCCCUCCCAGCUCAGCAAAAAAAAAAGGGGAUUUGAAGGGAUUUAACACCCUGAAGCACUAUUUUUUGUCUUGUCAAACUUGAAGUUAUGGUAUGUGAUAUGCAACAUGUCUCUGCUUAUAGGUAGCCUAAUGUAACACUUUGCUUUUUAUAAAACAAACAAACAAAACAACACAACAAUGGAGGGGGAACAACAAUAUAUUUUUUUUUCCUUUGUAUUUGGAUAAAAAAGAAACCAUACUGUUUUGGAUUGGAGGUAGCAGUAUUGUCAUUCAAACUGUGCUUUACCAUGGAGCACCAGGUCAUGGAAGUGCUAAAUAAAAAGUGCUCAAUAAAAA